AUGUCUAUUCAAUUUACUUCCUGUUUUGCGAUCCCUAGUGUGUGGUGGUGUUGCGUUUGAUAAUUUAAUCAGUGUUUUUAGCUGUUAUCCUAGCUAUACCUCGUUUACUCAUGCUUAGGUUGCUAUGCACUACUAUUUUGUGCGUAAUUCACGUCUUUACAUUGAUCAGCAAUGCGAAAGGACAAGAGUUUACAGAGCUGGAGAUGGCACACUACAGGGAGAAAAUCAAGUCCAUGUUUUACCAUGCAUACAACAGCUACUUGGAUCAUGCUUAUCCAUAUGACGAACUGCGACCCCUGACCUGUGAUGGCCAGGAUACAUGGGGCAGUGUUUCACUGACUUUGAUAGAUGCCCUGGAUACAUUGCUGAUUCUGGGAAACCAUACAGAGUUUCAGCGUGUGGCAACUCUGCUUCAGGACACUGUGGACUUUGACAUCGAUGUCAAUGCCUCUGUUUUUGAGACUAACAUUCGAGUGGUGGGUGGUCUUCUGUCUGCCCACCUGCUGUCUAAGCGUGCUGGGAUGGAGGUGGAGCCUGGCUGGCCUUGUUCUGGACCCCUCCUCAGGAUGGCUGAGGACGCAGCACGAAAACUCCUCCCUGCGUUCCAGACGCCCACAGGGAUGCCCUAUGGCACGGUGAACCUGCUUAGAGGGGUGAACCCUACAGAGACCCCUGUCACCUGUACUGCUGGGGUGGGCACCUUCAUCCUGGAGUUCUCAGCCCUUAGCCGGCUCACUGGGGACCCCGUAUUUGAGGACGUGGCGCGCAAGGCCCUCCGGUCACUGUGGAAGACACGCUCUGAGAUAGGACUGGUGGGGAACCACAUUGAUGUCCUCUCCAAGAAAUGGGUGGCCCAGGACGCAGGUAUAGGGGCCGGUGUGGACUCGUACUUUGAGUACCUGGUGAAGGGCUCUAUCAUGCUACAAGAUGAGGAACUGCUAUCAAUGUUCUUAGAGUAUGACAAGGCGAUUAAAAACUACACCAAGUUUGAUGACUGGUACCUGUGGGUCCAGAUGCACAAGGGAACAGUCUCUAUGCCUGUUUUCCAAUCACUGGAGGCCUUCUGGCCAGGGCUACAGAGUUUGAUCGGUGAGCUGGACAGUGCAUUGAGGACUUUCCACAACUACUACACAGUGUGGAGGCAAUUUGGAGGACUGCCGGAAUUCUACAGUAUUCCACAGGGAUACACUGUAGACAAGAGAGAAGGAUACCCUUUACGGCCAGAGCUGAUAGAGAGUGCCAUGUACCUGUACAAAGCCACUGGUGACCACACCUUUCUGCAGCUCGGUCGAGAUGCUGUGGAGUCCAUUGAGAAGAUUACACGGGUCCCCUGUGGCUAUGCCAGUGUGAAAGAUAUCAGAGAUCACAAGCUGGACAACCGCAUGGAGUCCUUCUUCCUGGCAGAAACCAUCAAGUACCUCUACCUUCUGUUUGAUCCAGAUAACUUCCUUCACAACAGUGGCCUGGACUUUGAGCUGGGCACUGGCCCCAGUGAGGACUGUGUUUUGGGGGCAGGGGGUUACAUCUUUAACACAGAGGCCCACCCCCUGGACCCUGCUGCCCUUCACUGCUGCAGCCGCAAGCAGGAGGAACGCAGAGAGCUGCAGGACAUCCUCCUUAACCUAUCAGAGCCCCUCGCCAGUCCACAGGAUACCCAAUCACAGGAGACAGACAGUGAGACCGAGCCACCUGUCAUGGAUCCCUCAGAAAGUAUAGCACUGAAGCCUGGGAGCAGGAGGAAAGCCCCUCUCCUCUCCUGCCCUAUGCAGCCCUUCAGCGCACGGCUAGCUGUCAUGGGUCAAGUCUUCACAGACAGCACAUGACAUGGACUUACAAAUGUUUUCACUAAGUUUGAGCUGCUAUUUUCAUUUUACCCAUAGACCAGUCAUUACACUAAUGCUAGUUAGCAUGGGCUCGCGAAACUACCUCUAACUUCCUUCAUACUGGACACAGAAACAUAAAAAUGGUAUCGACGAGUUCAUCGAAAUCUGGGGAAGUAGAUAAAGGGCAUCAUUGCCAAAAUCCUGAAGUAUCCAGCUUUUAACUGAACACUGAAAAUUAAAGAUUUACUGUGGUUUUCAUUAUACAAAAUGCUUUCUGAUUCAUGGCAUUGCCCUUGGUUUGUGAAAUACAUUGUAAUAUAGGCAUGUGGUUAGGAAAGGUAUGAAUAAAUAAUAGUUUGCAUUAAACAUUUUCAUACUCAAGUGAUGGAACCAAGGAUGUAUAUAAACACUUCAUUACUGAGUGUAUUCGGAAAGUACUUUCUCCACAUUUUGGUACAGUACAGCCUUAUUCUAAAAUGGAUUAAAUAAUCCACACACAAUACCCAUAAUGACAAAGCGAAAACAGGUUUUUAGACAUUUUUGCAAUUGUAUAAAAUAAAAAAACGUAUUUAUAUAAAUCAAACUUUAUUUGGCGUGAGCCGAAUACAACAAGUGUAGACUUUACCGUGAAAAGCUCACUUACAAGCCCUUAACUCUCCUUGAACUGCACUGUAGGUUAAGAAAAUAUUUACCAAGUAGGCUAAAAUAAAAAGUAACACAAUAACAAUAAUGAGACUAUAUACAGGGGGCACCGGUACCGAGUCAGUGUGUUGAGGUAAUUCGUACAUGUAGGUGGGGGUGAAGUGACAUGCAUAGAUAAUAAACAGUGAGUAGCAGCAGUGUACAAAAAGGGGGGGUCCAUGUAAAUUGUCCGGUGGCGAUUUUAUUAAUUGUUCAGCAGUCUUAUGACUUGGGGGUAGAAGCUGUUGAGGAGCCUUUUGGUCCUAGACUUGGCGCUCCGGUACCGCUUGCCGUGCGGUAGCAGAGAAAACAGUCUAUAACUUGGAUGACUGGAGUCUCUGACAUUUUUAUGGACUAUCCUCUGACACCGCCUAUUGUAUAGGUCCUGGAUGGCAGGAAGCUUGGCCCCAGUGAUGCCGAGCAGUUGCCAUACCAGGCAGUGAUGCAAUCGAUAAGGAUGCUCUCAAUGGUGCAGCUGAAGAACCUUUUGAGGAUCUGAGGACACAUGCCAAAUCUUUUCAGUAUCCUGAGGGGGAAUAGGUUUUGUUGUGCCCUCUUCACGACUGUCUUGGUAUGUUUGGACCAUGAUAGUUGGUGAUGUGGACACCAAGGAACUUGAAACUCUCGACCCGCUCCACUACAGCCCCGUCGAUGUUAAUGGGGGCCUGUUCGGCCCGCCUUUUCCUGUAGUCAACGAUCAGCUCCUUUGUCUUGCUCACAUUGAGGGAGAGAGUGUUGUCCUGGCACCACACUGCCAGUUCUCUGACCACCUCCCUAUAGGCCGUCCCAUCGUUGUCGGUGAUCAGGCCUACCACUGUUGUGUCGUCAGCAAACUUAAUGAUGGUGUUGGAGUCGUGCUUGGCCACACAGUCGUGGGUGAACAGGGAAUACAGGAGGGGGCACACCCCUGAGGGGCCCCAGUGUUAAGGAUCAGUGUGGCAGACGUGUUUUUGCCUACUCUUGCCAUCUGGGAGCGGCCCGUCAGGAAGUCCAGGAUCCAGGUGCAGAGGGAGGUGUUUAGUCCUUAUCUUAGUGAUGUGCUUCGUGGGCACUAUGGUGUUGAACACUGAGCUGUAGUCAAUGAACAGCAUUCUCACAUAGGUGUUCCUUUUGUCCAGGUGAGAAAGGGCAGUGUGGAGUGCUAUUGAGUAUUCAUAAGUAUUCAGACUCGAAAUUGAGCUCAGGUGCAUCCUGUUUCCAUUGAUCAUCCUUGAGAUGUUUCAACAACUUGAUUGAAGUCCACCUGUGGUAAAUUCAAUUGAUUGGACAUGAUUUGGAAAGGCACACACCUGUCUAUGUAAGGUCCCACAGUUGACAGUGCAUGUCAGAGCAAAAACCAAGCCACAGAGUCGAAGGAAUUGUCCUUAGAGCUUUGAGACAGGAUUGUGUCGUGGCACAGAUCUGGGGAAGGGUACCAAAAUAAUUCUGCAGCCUUGAAGGUCCCCAAGAACACAGUGGCCUCCAUAUUUCUUAAAUGGAAGAAGUUUGGAACCACCAAUACUCUUCCUAGAGCUGGCCGCUCAUCCAAACUGAGCAAUCGGGGGAGAAGGGCCUUGGUCAGGGAGGUGACCAAGAAUACGAUGGUCACUCUGACAGAGCUCCAGAGUUACUCUGUGGAGAUGGGAGAACCUUCCAGAAGGACAACCAUCUACGCAGCACUCCACCAAUCAGGCCUUUAUGGUAGAGUGGCCAGACAGACACCACUCCUCAGUAAAAGGCACAUGACAGCCCUCUUGGAGUUUGCCAAAAGGCACCUAAAGACUCGCAGACCAUGAGAAACAAGAUUCUCUGGUCUGAUGAAACCAAGGUUGAACUCUUCGGCCUGAAUGUCACAUCACGUCUGGAGGAAACCUGGCGGCACCAUCCCUACGGUGAAGCGUGGUGUCACUAUCCCUACGGUGAAGCGUGGUGGCACCAUCCCUAAGGUGAAGCGUGGUGGCGGCAUCAUCCUGUGGGGAUGUUCUUCAGCGGCAGGGACUGGGAGACUAGUCAGGAUCGAGGGAAAGAUGAAUGGAGCAAAGUACAGAGAGAUCCUUGAUGAAAACCUGCUCCAGAGCGCUCAGAACCUCAGACUGGGGCGGAGGUUUACCUUCCAACAGGACAACGACCUGCACACAGCCAAGACAAUGCAGGAGUGGCUUCGGGACAAGUCUCUGACUGUCCUUGAGUGGCCCAGCCAGAGCCUGGACUUGAACCUGAUCGAACAUCUCUGGAGAGACCUGAAAAUAGCUGUGCAGCGACACUCCCCAUCUAACCUGACAGGAAAAUGGGAGAAACUCCCCAAAUACAGGUGUGCCAACCUUGUAGCGUCAUACCCAAGAAGACUCAAGGCUGUAAUCGCUGCCAAUGGUGCAGCGAUUAAAGGGUCUGGAUACUUAUGUAAAUGUGAUAUUUCAGUUUUUAAACCUGUUUUUGCUUUGUCAUUAUGGGGUAUUGUGUGUAAAUGUAAUCCAUUUUAGAAUAAGGCUGUAAUGUAACAAUGUGGAAAAAGUCAAGGGAUCUGAAUACUUAACGAAUGCACUGUAUGUUUUAAUUGAAACGUACGGCUUGCAUCUUAUCCGCUCAUUGUUCCCUCAUGUCAUAGUUUGUACAUCUCAAUUGUUAUAUUGCUUAUAUAGGUCUAUCUUAUUAAUCAUUUUAGGCAGUGUUGGAAUUAUUUCAUUGUUUUGCUUACUUUGUGUAUUAUAAUUAGCUCAUGUGCUUUUCUCCUCGAGGAGCGGAUACUAUAUGUUGUUGGGUCUGUAACCAUGUUUGCCAGUGACAGUCUCUUCUCAUUCAAAUAUUUUUUUUCAACAAAAAGUUCAGUAAUGACCCAUGUAAUUACAGUUGACAUUGCGAGGGUUGUUUUAUUUGCGCAGUGCGUUUGGUAUAUUGUCUAUAAAAGUGGGUCAAGGUGAUUGUAUUUUCCUUCCUUUUUAGCCCUAAUAAAAUACUUAAUGGUA